AUCAUAAUGUAUUAUGUGAUACAAAUGAAAGUAUGAUGCUAUUAAGGGAUAAAAAUGCAAAAAUUCAUUUCUUGUAAUAACCCCGUGUAUUACACGGGUCUCACACCUAGUUUACAUAAUAGAUAAAGGGAAAUAUGCGAAAAAGACCCAAAAGUUUGCCCCAAUUUAUGAGUUAGUCCUAAAUUAAAUUUUACUUAUGAAAAAGGAAAGAUUACCGGCUAAUACACUUAGUUUGGCCCUAAGAACCAAUAAUCCUUAUAUGAGCCUGUUACCCCAGCUCAUUGACCUUAUCACCCUCCAUUAAACACCCCAUCAUCAACUCCUCAUCUGUAAAAACCCCUUCUUACCCUCCAUCGAAGCAAAACGAUACUUGAGAAGAAUCAAAGGUAAGAAAAUCCACGUGGUCCUCCAAUAUUGUGUUUCCCUUAAAAUAUUUGAUUAAUUUUUGUUUUGUAGUGAUAACGGAGACAGUAGAUGACUUCGAUACCAUUAGCGUGGAAUUGGAUGAGUUUUUCAAACACAAACAAAGAAGUCGAUGCAAAGAUGAGUUCCCAAAUACUCUCGCAGACGAAGCGCUUGACGAAUGCACCAUACUUGAGAUAAACCUAAAUGAUUUUGGAGGAAUGUCAGAAGAUGAAGCACCGUAGGACAAGAAGAGUGAUAAUGAAGGUGACGAUUAAGACAAAUUGCAGUUUCAAUACUCAACCCAUGAUCCAAAGGUGAAAUGGAACAAUAUGAAGCUAGUUCUUGGAGAGAGUGCUAAUCUUAUGGAUCCCACAUGGAUAGGCAGUUUCUGAAGGAGAUGAUUAAAAAACCAAAUUCUGAAAUGUAAGAAAAUGCAAGCUAUUAUUCAAAGCAGGUUCCAUUGCAAGGUUUCAUGGUCAAAAUGUUAUAGAGCAAAGUGUAGGGUAAUUUCUUUAAUAGAUGGAAAGUUGAGUGAUCACUAUGCAAAAGUUUGGGAUUAUGGACAUGAAUUGAUGUGGUCCAAUCCAGGGAGUACAAUUCAAAUAUCUGUCACUGUAAACCCUGAUAACACUACCACUUUCCAUAGAAUGUAUACAUGUUUUAAGGCUAUCAAAGAAGGAUGGAAAGUUGGUUGUCGAAGAGUUAUAGGGCUUGAUGGGAGUUUUUUGAAAGGACAAUGUGAAGGUGAGCUGCUAACUGCCAUAAGGAUGGAUGCAAAUAACCAUGUGUAUCCCAUUGCUUGGGCAGUAGCUGAAAUUGAGAACAAUCCCAACUGGCAAUGGUUCUUGGAACUAUUACAUGCUGACCUAGAAUUACAAGGAGGCUUGGAUUUGUGUGUUAAAUCUGAUCAACACAAGGGUCUUUUGAAAGCUGUAAAGGUUGUAUUGCCACGUGUGGAGCACAGACAAUGUGCAAGACAUGUGUAUGCAAAUUUCAGAAAGUUCUUCAAUGGUAUAGAGUUCAAGAAUAUGUUUUGGACAGUUGUCAAUUCAACUGUUGAAGGGGACAUCAAAUUGAAUAUGGAGAAGAUCAAAGAAGUCAAUCUUGCUGCUUAUGAUCAUUUGAUGGCAAGGGAGCCUAAAUCUUGGUGCAGGGCAUUUUUAAAGGUGGAAUGGCAUGUGAGGCUGUUGAAAAUGGAAUGA